AUGGCUCGAAGUGUUCUGCAUGCAGUUGUGAGAGCCAAAUUCAAAUCCUAUUCAUCCAUGCCGACGAGGACCAAUGGCACAACGAAUUUCUUUGGCAGCAAAACCAGUGAAGUGUUGUAUAAUUUCCGGUACCAGGCUGCUGAUGCUCAAGGUUACGUCAAUCUACGCUGCUCCCUAGACACCGGCUGCCCUACCAGUGCAAAUCCACGACAUCCCUCCCUACAAGAUGCCCGUCACAAGGAUGUUCGGUUAUAUCUAGCGGACAUCUACAUGUACCUAUUCCAAGUCCCUUACGAAAGUGUUCCAGAACAUAUUGGCGGAGUAUGCUGUGCGCAGUUUGUAGUGUCGCGGAAACAGGUCUUGAAAAGGCCCAAAGCAGACUAUGAGAGGAUGUUGAGCUGGGUAGCUGGGACAAGAACCACCGACAGCUUUGGGGUAGGCUGGGUGAUGGAGAAAGUCUGGCAUGUGGUUUUCGGAAUGGAACCUGUCUAUUGUCCAUCAUUCAAUCAAUGUCGCUGUGACAAUUUUGGCCGGUGUGAGGCGUAG